AUGUUGCUACGUUUGCUAAUCCCAGAGCUUGACUCACGUCUCAAAACGAGGAAGACGAAGAAGACGAAGAAGAAGAAGAAGAAGAAGAAGAAGAAGAAGAAGAAGAAGAAGAAGAAGAAGAAGAAGAAGAAGAAGAAGAAGAAGAAGAAGAAGAAGAAGAAGAAGAAGGAUAAUCACUUUCCGAAAUGA